AUGCAUUUAGAUCCAGAGCGACAGCGUGUGAUAAUUCACUUGAAGGAUGUCAACGACGAGCCUCCCUAUUUUAUCAAUCGCCCCCUUCCGAUGCAGGCUGUGGUACAACUCAAUGCUCCACCGGGCACUCCAGUGUUCAAAUUGCAAGCUAGAGAUCCGGACACGGACCACAAUAUACACUACUUCCUAGUCAGAGAUCGGACCGGUGGUCGCUUCGAGGUCGAUGAGCGAUCUGGUGAGGUGCGGACACUGGGCAGUGACCCUUUUAUGCUCGAUAAGGAGUACGUCUUGUACGUGAAGGCAGAGGACCACAAUGGAAUGACGGAGGACAGACAGCACCAGUCCACCGGGGAGGAGCGGCUGUCCAUCAUGGGCGGUAAACGGCCGCCCCAGUUCUACAUGCAAAAAUACGAAGCCACCAUACCAGAAAACCAAAGAAAGGAUUCAGACAUUAUCGAAGUGAAAGCGAAAUCAUUCGCAGACAGAGAGAUCCGCUACACUCUAAGAGCGCAGGGUAAGGGAGCUGGAACCUUCAACAUCGGACCCACAACUGGAGUUGUGAAACUCGCCAAAGAUCUGGAUUAUGAGGAUUUGCGACAACCCAAGUCCUAUUCUCUCAUCGUCACUGCCACCGAAGAUUCUGGAGGUUUCUCAACUUCAGUUGAGUUGACAAUCAAAGUAACAGACGUCAAUGAUAAUGCUCCAAGAUUUGAACUCCCGGAUUACCAAGCUCACAACGUUGAUGAAGAUGUAGCAGUUGGAACUUCCAUUUUACAAGUAUCUGCAAGUGAUAUGGAUCAAAACAAAAAUGCAGAAAUUGAAUAUUCCCUUGACAAAGAUGACUUCACCAUCGACAACAAGGGUAUCAUCUACUCCAACAAAAGACUGGAUGCUGACAUAAACAACACUUACGUGCUCACCGUUCGUGCGACAGAUCGCGGAGAUCCGCCACUGACGGGCACAGCGACGGUCCGGAUCUACACAGAAAACAAAAACGACGAACCUCCCAAGUUCAGCCAGGAUGUGUACACGCCAAAUGUGGAUGAAAACGCAGGGCCCAACACGUUGGUCACCACUGUGGUGGCUAGUGACAAGGAUGGAGACAAUAUUUAUUUUGGAUUUGUUGGAGGAGGAACAGUGUCUGGGAUGUUUCAAAUAGAAGAAAGGACAGGUGUGAUCCGACUAAUCAGUGGUCACAUCCAACUCGACAAAGACAAAUAUGAGCUUAACGUAACGGCCCGUGAUGAUGGUGCUUGUUGCAAAAAUGGUGCCUUGACAACUCACACCAGCACAGCUCUGGUGGUAGUCUUCAUCACUGAUGUGAAUGACAAUAAACCAAUUUUUGAAGAAUGCAAUACUUACGCUCCUCAGGUUGAAGAAGGUGCUCCUAGUGGGACCCAAGUCAUUAAAGUGAAAGCAGUUGAUAAUGACAAAGGGCAUAAUGGACAAGUGAGAUAUUCCAUAGUUCAACAACCUAAUCAAAAAGGGACAAAAUUCAUAGUUGAUGAAGUUACUGGUGAUAUUCGAACAAAUAAGGUUUUUGACAGAGAAGGAGAUGAUGGACGUUUUGUAAGUGUGACAGUCAAAGCGACUGAUCGAGGCAAUCCACCCCUAGAAGGAGUUUGUUCAUUCAAAGUAGAAAUAACAGACAUCAAUGACAAUCCACCCCUGUUUGAUCGGCAGGAAUAUAGAGAAAACGUGAAGCAAGAUACGCCAAAAGGAACGAACAUUUUGAGAGUGUCAGCAUCAGACGAAGAUGCUGAUAACAAUGGUGCUAUAGUUUACAACCUUACUGCUCCUUAUGAUCCAACAGAUCUGGACUAUUUUGAAAUAAAUCCCGAUUCUGGAUGGAUUAGUUUAAAGAAAGCAUUAGAUAGGGAUCAAUAUCACCUCCGUGCCAUAGCUUUAGACAAAGGCUUGCCUCAACACAGAGCUACAGUAGAAGUAAUUAUAGAUGUUGUUGAUCGUGCAAACAAUCCACCUAUAUGGGAUCAGCCAGUUUAUGGCCCUAUUUUUAUAAAAGAAAAUUAUAUGGUUGGCCAAGUCGUAGCUUCAAUAAAAGCUAGAUCUGGCAUCCCAGACAAUCCUACUGUGUUUUAUACUUUGAUGAAGGGGAGUACUGAGCAAACAAAUAAGAAAGACACAUUCUACUUGGACCAAAGGAACAUGAAUGGUGACACCUGGGCUGACAUUCAAGUCAACUACCCUCUAGAUUACGAAAGAAUUCAGCAAUACAAUUUGACUGUCCGAGUUGAGAACAAUGGCAUUCAACAACUCGCUUCUGAAGCCACCGUGUACAUCGUCCUAGAAGACGUGAAUGACGAAAUUCCGCUAUUCAUUGAACGAGAACAGGAAACCGUACUGGAAGGCAUGCCGCCCGGUACGAAAGUGACACAAGUACAAGCGAGCGACAAGGACGGAACCUAUCCCAACAACAAGGUGUACUAUGCGAUUGAGUCGAAGGACCAAGGAGAUAAAUUCUUCACGAUCGACCGCGAGACAGGUGAAAUCUACACACGGGUGGAAUUCGACAGAGAAGAGAAGCAGGCAUACGCCAUCUUAGUGAGGGCCGAAGAUGGGGCAGCAUCAGACAGACCCAACAUGAAGCCUGGAGAGCCUAAUUCAGUGACCAAAUACAUCCGGAUCGGCAUCGGGGACAAGAACGACAACCCACCAUACUUCGACCAAGCCCUCUACGAAGCCGAAGUCAACGAAGACGAGGAUAUACAACACACAGUUAUCACGGUCACUGCCAAAGACAAAGACGAGUCAUCAAGAAUUCGAUAUGAAAUUACUCAAGGUAACAUAGGAGGUGCUUUUGCAGUGAAAAACGAAACAGGUGCCAUAUAUGUGGCAGGACCAUUGGAUUAUGAGCUACGAAAGGAGUACAAGCUGCGGCUAGUUGCUUCUGAUAAUUUGAACGAGAACCACACGACAGUGGUGAUCCACAUCAAAGAUGUCAACGACAACCCUCCCAUCUUCGACAGGCCCACCUACGAGACGCAGAUCACGGAAGAGGAUGACAGGAACCUGCCCAAGCGAGUCCUACAGUACACCCUGACGCUCGUUGCGUCCGACACCUUGCACGAAUCCAGUUGUUUGGUUGUUGUCAAGAUUAACGACAUCAACGACUUGCCUCCUAAGUUCGACCAACCUUCCUACAUUACCACCAUUCUAGAGGAAGAUGCAGAAGGAAUGCCUAAGAGUGUCAUGAAGGUGACAGCAACGGAUGGCGACCGCGACCGGAAACCGGACAUCGUGUAUUUCUUGACAGGUCAGGGAGUGGACGAUCAGGAUCCGGCCAACAGCAAAUUCGCCAUCAAUACAACUACAGGAGAGAUUUAUGUUCUCAAGCCCCUGGAUAGAGACCUGCCUCAUGGGCGCUCACAGUGGAGGUUUACGGUCUUCGCCGAAGACGAGGGAGGGAACGGGCUGGUCGGUUAUGCCGACGUGCUCGUCAACCUCAAAGACAUCAACGACAAUGCACCGUUCUUUCCGUACGCUAUCUACACCGGAAACGUGACCGAAAAUGGAACAGCAGGUAUGACGGUUAUGACGAUGACUGCCACGGAUUACGACGACCCCAACGAAGGUACAAACGCAAGAUUGAAGUACUCGAUCGAGCAGAACCAAGUGAAUGAAAACGGAGAGCUGAUUUUCACUAUUGAUGAAGAGACGGGAGUCAUAUCGACAGCUGUCUGCUGCUUAGAUCGAGAGACAAACCCUGAGUAUACCAUCAAAGUGGUAGCCAUGGAUGGUGGGGGUCUCAAAGGCACCGGGACGGCGACCAUCAAGAUCAAAGACAUUAACGACAUGCCACCCGAAUUCACCAAGAAAGAGUGGCAGGUGGAGGUGGAUGAGACGGAGGGUGACAACAUUCCGGAGACCCCUAUAUUGGUGGUGUCCGUCAGUGAUGGUGAUUUGUUGGAAACGAACCGAUUCAGCUACAAAGUCAUCGACAACGCUUUCGGAGCUGACAAGUUCACGAUGGUGACUAACUCGGACGGAACAGGUUCACUUAAGAUUGCCAAGCCAUUGGACUUUGAAGACCUCCAACAACGUUUCGGUUUCAACAUCACCAUCCAAGUAAGCGACCACGGUGGCGAGUCCUCGGAGCCCUACCAUGUGGAUUAUGCCAAAGUGCGGGUCCGGCUGCGCGAUAUUAACGACAACAAGCCGGAAUUCGAGAAGCCCAACAUUGAGGUAAUUGUCAAGGAAGAUGCCGAUAUAGGCACCAGUUUGGCCACUUUCCGGGCAACAGAUGCUGAUCAAGGAGGCAAAUCUAGAGUUAGCUAUACCAUCGACCGGUCCUCAGACAAAAAGCGACAGUUCCGUAUCGACCAGAACGGAGUCGUUAGAAUACAGAGGACCCUUGAUCGAGAAGAAACACCAAGACACCAAGUGAAAAUCCUUGCUAUUGAUGAUGGAACACCUCCGCGAACCGCUACAGCCACUCUCACAGUGGUCGUGAGUGACAUCAAUGACAAUGCUCCCCGUUUCCUUCGUGACUACCGACCUGUCAUCAUGGAACACUCUCCUCCUCAGAAAGUAGAAGAGAUUUUAGCAACUGACGAUGACGACCGAUCUAAAGGCAACGGUCCACCUUUCACGUUUAGGAUGGAUCCAAAUGCUCCUGACAUCAUCAAGCAGUUUUUCGAUGUUCAGCACGAUCCCACUGGGGCUAAUGGAGACGGUAUGGCCAUCGUGACGUCACGGGAGCGAUUCGACAGAGAACAGCAGAAGGAAUACCUGGUUCCGAUAGUCAUCAAAGACAGCGGAACGCCGUCCAUGACUGGUACUAGUACACUAACGGUCAUAAUCGGUGACGUCAACGAUAACAGAAUGCAUCCAGGGAGCAAGAGUAUUUUUGUUUAUAAUUUCAGAGGCGAAUCACCACCCACACCCAUUGGCAGAGUUCACGUCGAAGACUUGGAUGACUGGGAUUUGCCGGACAAAUCUUUCUACUGGGAAAAUAACAUCGCCCAUCCCAACUUUGAAGUAGACAAAGACACUGGUCUCAUUGUCAUGAAAAAUGUGACCAGUGGAGGAACCUAUUUCUUGCGAUUUGUGGUGCACGAUCGCGUCCACACACAAGAAGUGUCCGCCAACGUCUCCGUUACCGUCAAAGAAAUUCCCGAAGAAGCCAUCUUCAACUCUGGGUCCAUUCGCAUCUCUGGAAUUAGCGCAGAAGACUUUGUCCGCGUCUGGAAUUGGACUGAAAACCGCCAAGUAAAGAGCAAGUACCAAAAAUUCAGGGAUAUGAUCGCGAGCUUGACAACGACUCGAAAAGACAACGUUGACAUUUUCAGCGUCAUUCUGAAGCAAGAACGGCCCCCCAUCACCGAUGUCCGAUUUGCUGCUCAUCGUUCUCCCUACUUUAAAGCCAGCAUGCUCAACGGAAUAGUGGCUCUCAAUAGAGAACUGAUAGAGCAAGAAGUUGGCAUUAAUAUUACGAUGGUGGGCAUAGAUGAAUGUCUUUUUGAGAAUAUCAACUGCGAGACAAGCUGUACGAACAUCCUCAUGGUCGAUCGGCAGCCUAUUGUAGUCAACGCCAAUCGUACAUCUUUUGUAGGCGUCAACACGUGGGUGCAACCCAAAUGUGUGUGUGGAGCGAGAGACUUCUCAGAGAUAGAGACCUGCCGAAAGAGACCUUUACCUUGUCACAAUGGUGGUCGGUGCUUUGAAUCAUAUGGAGGAGUUAGUUGCAAAUGCCCUGAAGGAUACGAGGGCCCCCAAUGCCAGAUGACUACUAGGAGCUUCAGUGGUCGUGGUUGGGCGUGGUUUCCUUCACUGCAGCAAUGUGAAAACUCUCAUCUGAGUCUGGAAUUCAUGACGCGGAAGCCGGACGGUCUCUUGCUGUAUAACGGACCCAUUUCCAACCCGGACAUUGGGGAGAUAGCCGUUCAAGAUUUCAUUUCUUUAGAAUUGCAAAGUGGAAGACCACGACUACUCAUCGACUUUGGGUCGGGAACUGCCGAAAUCGUAGUUUACGUGGACGAGACUUUGAGCGAUGGAGAGUGGCAUCAGGUUGACGUUUUCUGGGAUAGAGAGACUGUCCGUCUUGUCAUCGACAACUGCCAGAAGGCCAAGAUAGAAGAUUCAGAUCCUCCAAAAAUCAAUCGAUCGCGCUGCGAAACCAAGAGCAACAUUCCACCCUUUAAUGAAUUCCUGAACGUCAACACCCCUCUCCAGUUGGGAGGGGUGCAUCACCAGUAUUUGACGGACUACAGAUGGCAGCAUCAACACACAAGGGAAGGUUUCGAAGGCUGCAUCAAGAAUGUGAUACACAAUAGUGAGAUGUAUGAUCUGGGCAAUCCCGGCAGUAGCUCAUCCAGCAGCCCCGGUUGCAAGCCAGCAGACGACGCUUGCCAGAGUAACAGCAUUACCAGGCACUGUGAGCAUGGCGCAUGCGUGGGGACAUACAACUCAGCAAAAUGCAUUUGCUAUCCUGGGUACUUCGGAAUUCGGUGCGAUAAAGAAACAAUCUCUAAGAUGUUCCAACAGAACAGUUACAUAAAGUAUGCCUUGUCGUUUGAACCCGACCCGUACAAAACAGACAUCCAGCUCCAGUUCAGAACACGACAAAAGCACGGUGAAUUGUUCAGAGCGACAAGCAAGCAUGGCCGAGAAUAUUGCAUUUUAGAGAUUCGUGAUAAGAAGCUCCGUCUGCGAUUCAACCUCAACCACCUGCGGUCGUCGGACGAGCACGAGCUCUGGCUUCCGAACGUGCAGGUGAGCGACGGGCAGUGGCAUACGGUCCGCGUGCUGCGGCACGGCAGCACGGCCAGCAUGUCCCUGGACGGCGGGGGUGGCAGGCGAUACAACGAACUGCUGGAGUACGAGGGACAGCACCAGCUGAUGAUGAUAGAGAAGCAGAACGUCAUCGCGGGAGGAGACGUGCAGUACGUCGGACCAGGCGUCACAGUGGUCGAUAAUGAUUUCCAAGAAGGUUGUAUGAACGAUAUUCGCCUCGAUCAACGUUACUUGCCCAUGGAGAACGGAUCUGAAAAUGCGGCAGUGUUGGAAUGGAGAAAUCUCAUCAACAAAUGCCCCUCAAACAAUCCUUGCCAGGGAAUCAUCUGCCCUAAACCUUUUAUCUGCCUUGAUCUAUGGAUGCUGCAUGAAUGCCGAUGCCCUGAAGGCUUCACCAUCACUGAAGAUGGUAAAAACUGCACGGACGCUAACGAAUGCUUGAGUGAUCCUUGCCUCAAUGGUGGCAGUUGCGUCAAUCUCCCCAAUGGGGAAGGCUACUACUGCGUGUGCCCAGAUGGUUUUGGGGGCCUCUAUUGCGGGGCCAGGCAUGAAGAGAAGGUCAUGCGGCUCAGCAUGGCAGCGCUCGCGGCCAUACUAAUCUGCCUGCUAAAUAUUCUCAUUCUCGUUCUGGUGAUUGUUGCUUACACCCGGAACAGGAGGCCCAAUCAAAAGUAUGGUCAUGGUGACGUAGAUGACGAUGUUCGAGAGAAUAUCAUCAGCUAUGACGACGAAGGAGGUGGAGAGGAUGAUAUGAACGCCUAUGACAUCACACCCCUUCGGAUACCUAUUGAUUCAACUGGCACGCCCAUCGGAGCCAAACCUGGACCAGAGAAAGCUGCACUGAAAGAACCCAGACAAAGACAAUUGCCUCCUGGAACCCAUCCUGACGGUGUAGGUGACUUCAUCCGAGAUCACAUGGACAAAGCAGACAAUGAUCCAAAUGCGCCACCUUUCGAUGAUCUACGGAACUAUGCAUAUGAAGGGUGCGGUAGCACUGCUGGAUCGCUGAGUUCGCUGGCCUCCGCCAACGAGGAAAACGAGCAAGAUUUUGACUACCUCAAUGGCUGGGGGCCCCGAUUCCAGAAGCUGGCUGAUAUGUACGGCGGCGAAAGUGAAGAAGAUUAGGGAGGAAAUGCCUAUCCACCAAGCUAUGCAAUGUCUAGUCAUUAGCAGAUGAGAUAUUUAUGAAAAUAUUCCAAAAAAAGAACACAACAUGACACAGCGGAUACAGAUCUCAAAUUUCUCAAAGUUUUCUUCCGACACCACAAACACUCUCGCGCGCACACACUUCAAAUUCCUUAGCCUCAUACUACCUUCGAAAUAAUAAAUAC